AUGCCGCGCGUACUGAAUGAACGUGAGAUUGCAGACUUUCUUUUAGAAGACAUACCAUCAGAUGGUGAGAGUGUAUGUAGCGUGGAGCCAGAUGAAGAUGACAACAAUGAUGGAUCGCAAAGUAUGAUGGUGCUCGGUGACAUACCCCCCGAGUUACAGCCAGAGUUAGAUGAUGGAUUUACCUCGGAUGAUGACGUUCCUUUGUCAAAUUUAGUCUUGCCUUCAACUUCAGCCAGUCAUAAUCAAACUGAAGUGGUGAAACCUAAGUGGAAGAGACACUACAAAAUGGAAGAGCCAAGUGAGUAUAUAGGAGGUGGAGGUGUACCGACAAAUAUAAUUGAUUUGGAGAAUGUCACACCAACACAACUAUUUCGCAUGUUUUGGUCAGAGGAUCUAGUUGAAAUAAUCUGCUUCCAAACGAAUUUAUACGCCACGCAAAAAGGAACGCCAUAUACACCUACUACGCCUGAAGAAAUAGAAGUAUUUCUUGCUCUAAAUUUGGUGAUGGGUAUAAAAAAAAUGCCCAGUUAUAAAAACUACUGGUCUUCUGUCCCUGACCUGCAUGAUCCUUACAUAUCGUCUUUUAUGCCACUCAAUCGCUUUGGCUGGCUUCUGAAUAACAUGCAUUUGAAUGAUAGCAACAUGAUGCCCAAUAAAACCGCUGCUAAUUAUGACAAGCUUUACAAAGUUAGACCUCUCUUGGAUAUAUUGCAAAGAAAUUUUGACAACAACUAUUAUGCUUCAGAAAAAGUUGCUAUAGACGAAAGUAUGAUAAAAUUCAAGGGCCGCAAUUAUUUGAAACAGUAUAUGCCAAAAAAACCAAUAAAACGCGGAUAUAAAGUCUGGAUAAAAUGUGCAGAGUCCGGAUACUGUUUAGAUUUCGACAUAUAUACUGGAAAAGAAGGUGACAAGGUACAGGUUGAUCUCGGUGGAAAGGUGGUUCGUCAGUUUUGCGAAGACUUAAAAUAUAAAAAUCAUAAAGUAUUUUUUGAUAAUUACUUUAAUAGCUAUUUUCUACAAGUCGAUCUGCGAAAAGACAAUGUAUUAGCAUGUGGCACUGUCAAUUCUAAUCGCAAAAAUCUGCCAAAACUAAAAGACGACAAAGAUUUGUCACGGGGACAGUAUGAUUACAGGGUCAGUAACACGAACGUUGCGGUUCUAAAAUGGAAAGACAAAAGACCAGUUUUCAUUCUCACCAAUUAUAUAGAUCCAACGAAAGCAGGAGUUGUUACUCGUAGAGAACGCAAUGGAGACAGGACUGAAGUAGCAUGUCCUGAAGCUGUGAUGCAGUACAACAUUUGCAUGAACUAUGUUGAUAAAUUCGACCAGUUGAAAAGUAUUUAUGCCAUCGACAGAAAGUCGCACAAAUGGUGGCACCGAAUUUUUUUUCACUUCUUGGAUUGCGCAGUUGUGAAUGCUAUUUUAGUAUAUAAAGAGAUCCAGAAAGAACACCACCCACAAUUGGACCAAUUGGAUACAAAAGACUUUCGCAGAAGUGUUUACCAAGGCAUACUAGCACCAGCUCAGGCGAAGAACGGCAAGCAUUCCAGACGUUCUCUCAGUGGCUCUGGACCGUCAUCACCAUUACCAGUUCUGAUAAAACGUCAUAAGCCUUCAGUUCCGACAGAGUUACGCACGGAAAAUAAUAUGCAUCAGCCAGAGCGAUCUACUUCACGAAGAUGCGCGAAAUGCAGCACUAAAAGAAGUCCAGCACGUACUGUUUGGCAAUGUAUCACUUGUAAAGUCCCCCUUUGUAUCCGCAAAGACAAAACAUGUUUUGUAGAUUUUCAUAAGAAAUAA